UUGCUACGGUGGCUGUUUAGGUUUGGAGCAAGGUGGUAGUUCUUUUUCUCCCUGAAGUUUGGCUGGCGGCACUUACGCUUUGAAGCGGAAGAUUCGCGGUGAGACACAUUUCAAGGGCGACGGCUCAUCGUUUCUCUGGUGUUUUCCUCGACACCUGGGCGCGAGGCGAUUGGGAUGGCCGGCCACUGCGGAGUGGGCCAGUAGUUCAGAACAGCCGGCGGGAGAUCGGCAGGUGAUACACGUCCCGUAGUUCAAGAAGACCGCGUGAAGUCACCUUCCCCCAGAGUAAGAGCCGCUGCAGCAGCAAGUCUCUCCGGAGAAGCUUCGAAGCUGGGGAAGAGGGCGGGCCGUGUUUCGCCCUCUGCCUAGCAGCGGAGGGACCUUUGCGUGUGCCUUGGAAGGGUGCCCCUCUACGUUAAAGGCCGUUAUAGCGGCUCUAAUCUUGGGCUCCCGGGCCCUCCGGGACGGGCAGUAAAGCAGUUACCUGACAAGUAAAGACUCCAGAGCUCAGUCUCCAGGUCAUUUUGAGCGCGUUUCGGAGGCUGCAGUAGUAUAGGUGGGGGUUUUCCUCAUACCUGUGGUAAAAAUAAUUAAGUUUUUUCCAGCAAUGCUGCCCACCAAGAGAAGUAAUAGCAGCAGCCUCAUUAUUUGUGCAGCUCCAGCAAAAAAGGUGCCUGAGCCGCCUGUUUCUAAUGACGAUUCCAAAAAGCCACCCAUUUUGAAAGCCUUGGAGGCAGUUGUAGCAGCUGGUAGACUCGGCUUGCUCGGUCCAACAGCAAUGGCGGCUGUGGAAGCCAUGCCAGACUUGGAGGUGCAGAGUUGCGAUGGAAAGGUGGGCCAAGGAACCCCAAGUUCGAUUCCACUUUUGGGAGAAAAGGAGGAAGAAAAGGCAGGAAAGGAGGAAGGAAGGAAGGAAAGAAAAGAAGAAGAAAAGAUCGUGAACAAGGAGGGUAAUACUGAUGUAGCUGUCACACCACCAGUGAACGGUACUGGAAGUUCGAGCUGUACCAUAAAGGACAUCUGGAUAUGUGGUGAUUAUGUGAUUUCGUUAUCAAAGAGGAGGUCGCAAUUCAGCGUGGGAACAAAGCAAUUGGGCUUCUCGGCUUCUGUUGCAUAUGUGACUUGGCGAGGUAUCCCUACAAUGAAGUGGGAUGAUCUGUUACCCAAUCUGCAUCAGUUGUAUCAUCAGUGCCGUUUCCCAUCUAUUAUAGUAAUACACCUUGGGGAAAAUGAUCUGCGGGUCGACAGUAGCCACUCACUUGUUACCAAGAUGCAAAAUGAUUUGGUUAUCCUUCAAAAAGCAUUUCAAGAUGUUGUAAUAAUUUGGUCUUCACUGUUACCAAAAGGUGUUUGGAAACUAAGUAAGAAGGUGCAAGUUCUGGAAUCUAAACGUAAUGAUAUCAACUGCAAAAUGGAAGAAUUUUGUAAUGAAAAUGGCAUGCACUAUUUUUUACAUCCAUUGCUUACUCAUCCAUUGUUUAUUCGUCAAAAUCAGCUGUUCACAAGACAGAACACCCUGUCCAAGCAAGGAGCUGAUGUUUUUAUAACUGGGCUGAGGCAAUUCUUGAGUACCUUUCUGAACUGUGAUUAA